AUGCAAGAGGGUGUUAGCAAGCGAUUGUUUCAAUGCAGCUGCAAGGUGGGUAGCGAAAGGCAAGGAUUGGCCAGCGUUGGGUCAAGCCCAGGCGGAUCCGAAGCGGCUCCCAGCCGGCGGGUUCGGAAGCAGCACCUGGCAGGGCCAGGCUGGCCGUCCUCCUCGUCGGGGCUGCUGCCGGGUGACCACCACGGGCCGUUAGGGGGUCAGCUAACGGGGAGUGACUAUUCUCGGAUUUUAGUUCUGUGUAGUUAUUUUAUCAAAGCUGUGGGAGCUCUGGUGGCCAAGUGCGAAGGAGUUACAUUCAACCCAGAGACAAAUGGUUCAAAUCCACCGUCCAUUCGAAGGGAGAGAGAUGGGCAGUCUCCUCUCAUGCGGUCUACAGUGUCUGAGGGUCACUGGAGGGUCAACCCAGAGCUGGUUUCUAACCAGCAUCAACGAGCUGAGGGUUAUGUCUGUGAUUACACCUACUACCUGUCGCUGCACCAUGGAGAUGGGCAUGCAGUGCUCAUUCAUAUCCCACCCCUGUCCCUCACCCUCCCUGUGAGCCAGCUGGGGAAAGCUUUGCAAGCCCUGGUCCUGGCAAUAUUGAAGGAGAUGAGCGAAGCCCAAGCUGCAGUCCUGGCUCCAGAAAACUCAGCCACAGGAACCACCGGAGGCCCGAGCCUUUGGAGAAAAUGA